AUGGAAUAUACAAUUAACAAAACGGAAUAAUAAUGAUGUAACUUUGUAAACAUAAAUUAUGAUAGAUAUAGUUUUAAAAUUCAACUGGUUAAAAUGGACUGGAUUAUUAUAAAUUUGGAAGUUUCAAUUUAGGAGGAAUAAAAAAAAACAAACAAACAAAAAACAACAAACAAACAAAUAAAAAACACACGGAAAUGCAGGCGGCAAGAGAAUGGAUAGAGGAGCGUUUAGGGAUCAUCACUCUUCAAGUACCUUGCAAGAUGUGUUCUUGUCAGCACAAAAUCCACUGGAGCGUGGUCGCCAUCAUCGUGAAUGUUAUUUGUCUAGUUAUGUCGACCACUGGUAUAGCUACCGAUAACUGGGCAGUCAAGACAGAACAUGGUUACACGAUUCACUCGGGGUUGUUCCAAGCGUGUACCAAACUGAAUGACACAUGCUACGAUACACAUACUUACUUUGAUGCGCAUAAAUACGAAAAGGGACUGAUUACAGCCAGUGCUAUACUAAAUGUAUUUUCGUUGAUCGGUUUCUAUUUGUUCUUCGCUCUAUCUGUGUUCUUCCUAUGUGGCUUGUACGAGGAGAAGAAACUGGCAGCCGGAGCUGUGAUUACAUCAUACGUUUCUGGACUGUUUGCAAUUAUCGGAAUAGUGCUGUUUGCUGUUAGUAUCAAAAGAUUAUCAUUCUCUUUGAGUUGGUCGUUUAUUCUCGCCGUCAUGGGCUUUGUCAUCAACAUUGCUGCAGGUGUCCUUAUGUGUGUCGGCAGAAAUAUCAGCACGUUGAAACGUAUAAAAAAGAAAAAGACUCCGGCAAACGAACAUCCUGUCGAAGAAAUGCAAAUGGAAGAAACUGACACUGACCGGAAGAAGAUUUGGUCGUCACGUGAGGAGCCGGAAGUCAGUGCAAACGAACCUAGUACGACUAGAAAAAUGAAACUAUCGCCUAGUGCAAGUAGUUUUGGAUGAUAUAUGAUUUGAAAAUCAAACAAAACUUUUUAAUUAGUGCAAAGUGACCGUUUAUUUAUUUUAUAGAACAAAAUGUUUUCAGUUUUAAUUUACCGUUUGUGGAUGUUUCAAUUCUUUUUGUGAUAAUUGCUGCGCGUAGAGAUCUACGAUAUGUUAUUGAAAUAUGGUAUAGACAGUUUCAUGACGUGGGGCAACUUGAAAAGUACCCGAAAUUUAUAGCAAUAGUUAGAUCCGUGUGUGUUACUUAUUCUAACUUGAAUAUUAAAGAUAAUGUUAUCACAAUUAAUAUAAUUAUGCUUGAUAAAGAAUGUCAAGAAUGAAUAAGACUCACUAAAGAUAAUUCUCAUCCAUAUAAUGGUUUUUGAUUGACAAUGAUGUAAAUGACCUAGUAUUAUUAACAUAUAUAAUGAUACGAUAGGAUACCGACUUGACAUACACGAGAACAAUGUUUCUACACGUUAAACGUAAUAUGCCGUCCAAACGUUAUUACAAAUUAUCUUUUAAUUUCUAUUUAUAGUUACAACUUGUUGUUGUUGUUGUUUUUCUUAUCUAUAUUUAUCUAUUUUACAGAUAAAUUUUAUUUAUUGCUGUACUGUUCCGUAUUUGUCGUCACACAUUUGUUUUUGUUGUUCUGAUAAAAUGUUAAAUGAUUGUA